AUGUGGCUGAAAUGGUGGGAGAAGAUUUCAGGGAAUGGUUACAAAAUCAAUCCACAGUAUUAUCAGUAUAUUGGGUCAAAGAGAGUGAAGAGAGAGUUAUGGAGGAAGCUUUUGUUGACAUGGGUGUUGGGUUGGACUGUGGUGUCUUUGUGGAUCUUUUGCUUUAUGAGUUUACAAGCUAGUGUCAAGAGGAAAGAAACUCUUGCAAGUAUGUGUGAUGAAAGGGCUAGGAUUGUUCAGGAUCAGUUUAAUGUUAGUAUGAACCAUAUUCAAGCUAUGUCUAUUUUGAUCUCAACUUUUCAUCAUGCCAAGAGUCCCUCAGCCAUUGAUCAGAGGACUUUUGCUAGCUAUACAGAAAGAACAGCAUUUGAGAGGCCUCUAACAAGCGGGGUUGCAUAUGCGGUAAGAGUGCUUCAUUAUGAGAGGGAACAAUUUGAGAAGCAACAAGGUUGGAUUAUCAAGAGAAUGGACACUCUGGAGCAGAAUCCAGUUCAUAAGGAUGAUUAUGAUACAGAAGCGUUGGAGCCAUCUCCUAUUCAGGAAGAAUAUGCUCCUGUCAUAUUUGCACAAGAUACAAUCUCUCAUGUCAUUUCUGUUGACAUGCUUUCUGGAAAGGAAGACCGUGAUAAUGUGUUGCGCGCAAGAGAAUCAGGCAAAGGGGUUUUAACUGCACCCUUCCGGCUUCUCAAAUCGAAUCGUCUAGGUGUUAUUCUAACAUUUGCUGUCUACAAGAGAUAUCUUCCAUCAAAUGCAACUCCAAAUGAAAGGAUUCAAGCAACUAAUGGGUAUCUUGGCGGGGUAUUUGAUGUUGAAUCAUUAGUCGAGAAAUUACUUGAGCAACUUGCUAGCAAGCAAAGUGUGAUUGUUAAUGUGUAUGACACUACAAAUCAUACACAUCCAAUUGCCAUGUAUGGCUCAAAUGUAUCAGGGGAUGUGUUCAAUCAUGUCAGCACUCUUAACUUUGGAGACCCUUUCAGGAAACAUGAGAUGCAUUGCAGGUUCAAACAGAAACCACCAUGGCCUUGGGUAUCUAUAACUACUUCAAUUGGAAUUCUUGUUAUUGCUCUCCUUGUUGGACAUAUCUUCCAUGCCACCGUGAAUCGAAUUGCCACGGUAGAAGAAGAUUGCCGAGAGAUGAUGGAGCUUACAAAACGCGCAGAAGCAGCCGAUGUAGCAAAAUCCCAGUUUCUUGCCACUGUCUCGCAUGAAAUCAGAACACCGAUGAAUGGUGUUUUAGGGAUGAUGCAUAUGCUUAUGGACACAGACUUAGAUGUAACUCAACAGGAAUAUGUCAGAACAGCGCAGGAAAGUGGAAAAGCUCUGGUGUCACUUAUAAAUGAGGUUUUGGAUCAGGCCAAGAUUGAAUUUGGUAAGCUUGAGCUUGAGGCAGUGCUUUUUGACAUACGCUCGAUUUUGGACGAUGUGUUGUCACUAUUUUCUGAUAAGUCUCAAGGAAAAGGAGUUGAGUUGGCAGCUUAUGUUUCAGAUCAUGUUCCCAAACUACUAGUAGGCGACCCGGGAAGGUUUCGUCAAAUCAUUACUAAUCUAAUGGGAAACUCAAUUAAGUUCACCGACAAAGGACAUAUUUUUGUGACCAUUCAUCUUGUCGAAGAGAUUGUUCAUUCAAUAGAGGUUGACAAUGAAUCGAAUCCAGAAAACACUUUGAGUGGUUUCCCCGUUGCGAAUAGUUGCUUGAGUUGGAAAGGAUUCAAGGCUUUCAGUCAAGAGGGACCACUUGGUUCUUUCUCUUCCACCUCUACUGAUCUCAUCAAUUUGAUUGUAUCUGUUGAAGAUACAGGUGAUGGUAUUCCUAGAGAAUCUCAACCCCUCAUCUUCACUCCAUUCAUGCAAGCAGGCUCGUCCAUCUCCCGAAAACACGGAGGAACUGGUAUUGGACUAAGCAUUAGCAAGUGUUUGGUUGGCCUCAUGAAUGGUGAAAUUGGAUUUGCAAGUGAACCAAAAACCGGUUCCACUUUCACUUUUACCGCUGUAUUCACCAAUGGACGAACCAGUUCUAACGAUAGUAAAAUAUCGCGAAUCAAUAACCAAUCUCAACCUGCAUCUUCAGAAUUCGAGGGUAUGAAUGCGUUGGUCAUUGAUCCAAGGCCUAUUAGAGCAAAAGUAUCUCGAUAUCACAUCCAACGGCUCGGCAUUCACGUUGAAACGGUUUCGGAUUUGAACCAAGGCUUGUCAGCCAUAAACAAAGGGAAUGCAGCUACCAACAUGGUCUUGAUUGAUCAAGAAGUUUGGUAUAGAGAUUCAAGCAUGUCAUCUCAUUUUCUCAGUAGCACCAGGAAAAUCGAGCUCGGUUUUCCUCCAAAGCUAUUCAUUCUUGUUAAUUCUAAUACUAGCAGCUCUUCUAAAACUAGCAGUGUAACCUCAGAUAUUUAUAAUCCUACUAUCAUUACAAAGCCUCUUAGAACAAGCAUGCUCGCCGCGUCACUACAGCGGGCGAUGAAUGUCAGGGACAAGAGAACUCUAAAUAGAGACCUUCACAAUUUGUCUCUUAGCCAUCUUCUUCUUGGGAGGAAAAUUCUAAUCGUUGACGACAACGGCGUGAACCGCGCAGUAGCAGCCGGAGCUUUGAAAAAGUAUGGAGCAGAAGUGGUUUGUGUUAGCAGUGGAAAAGACGCUAUUUCUUCGCUGAAGCCACCUCAUCAGUUCGACGCCUGUUUCAUGGAUAUUCAAAUGCCAGAGAUGGACGGUUUUGAAGCUACGAAGAGAAUCAGAGAGAUGGAACAUAAUGAGAACAUGGAAGUGUCUAUAAAGUGGCAUGUGCCGAUAUUAGCAAUGACUGCAGAUGUGAUUCAAGCUACACAUGAGGAAUGCUUAAGGUGUGGAAUGGAUGGAUAUGUUUCAAAACCAUUUGAAGCUGAACAGCUUUAUAGAGAAGUUUGUCGGUUUUUUCCGGCAUCAUAA